UCCUCGCUGCGACCACACUGCCUAGCCCGAGAACGGCUCCGUCUCUGGGUGCCUGUGACAUCACGAUCGAGACACGACCAUACAGGGUCGCUGAUCGGUAUCCUGGAUAGCGACAUCGAUUGCAUUCUAACUGUGAUAGCACACUCUCACGCACCCACGACAAGAGAGUCCUACGGUUCGGGCCUCUUAGUAUACCAUGUCUUUUGCGAUUCACACAACGUUCCAGAGGAACAGAGAUGUCCUGCAUCAUCCACUCUACUACUCGCCUUUAUAGCCAGCUGCGCAGGCCUAUACUCAGGGAAGACCCUCGACAACUACUUUUAUGGCAUUCGAGCUUGGCACCUAUUACAUGGGCAGCCCUGGCUUGUUAACCAAGCCCAAGCUUCAUUGACACUGGAGGGCGCUAAGCAUCUUGCUCCGGCGAAAUCCACGCGUCCUAAACGGGCCCCGUUCACAGUCGAAUUAUUGGUCGCAAUCCGCUCCUCCCUGGACCUUUCAAUCCCUCUUCACGCUGCCGUGUACGGUUGCCUCACAACUUCUUUCUUCACGCUCGCACAGACGGGCGAAUUUACUGUCCCUUCUCUUAAAAAUUUCGAUCCGCUCGCUCACGUUCGCGUCUCUGAUCUCCGUUAUGAGGUCGAUCGUAACAGAUUCAAAGUCGCUGUCUUUCAUCUACCUCGAACCAAGACCUCGCGGACCGGAGAAGACAUUUAUUGGGCUGCACAGUCGGGCCCCGUCGAUCCUCAGGCAGCGCUGGAUAAUCACCUUGCCGUCAACUCACCUUCUCCAUCAGAUGCGCUCUUUAGCUGGAGACAUCGCGCUGGACUUAGAGUACUCACGAGAAGUGCUUUCCUAAAGUGUAUCCAGGAAUCGAGCGAUCGCCUUGGACAGGGAGACUUGAAAGGACAUGGGAUCAGGAUAGGGGGGACCCUAGAAUAUCUCUUGCGAGGCGUCCCGUUCGACAGUGUCAAAACCAUGGGACGUUGGAGUAGC